AUGUCUGCCAUAUCAAUUACUAAAGGUUCGAUUAACCUCGCUGGUCUCCUUUUCAGGCCCGGCUCUACGACUGAAAAACUCCCUGGUAUUGUUAUCCUUCACCCCACAGGCGGUGUCAAGGAGCAAACCGUCAGCAUUUACGCGAAAAGACUAUCGGAAAGGGGAUAUGUGACCGUGUGUUUUGAUGCCGCUCAUCAAGGCGAAUCUGGGGGUCUACCACGCUACCUUGAGGACCCCUCAGCCCGAGUGUCAGAUGCUUCUGCUGCAGCCGACCUUCUUCAGAGUCUAGACUUCAUCGACCCUGAUCGCAUCGGUAUUCUAGGGAUCUGCGCCGGCGGCGGCUACGCCACGGCAGCGGCGACAAUCGAUCAUCGAUUCAAGGCGGUUGCAGUCGUGAGCCCCGUCAACAUGGGCCUUGGCGUUCGUCUUGGUUCUCAGGGUCAAGACGUUGCAGCUGAAAAGCUGAGCCUCCUCGAACAGGUAGCCCACGCGCGGCAAAUCGAAGCAAAGGGUGGCGAGCCGGUUACCGUUCCAAUCAUAACACCCUUGGGCGAGAAUCCCACCGAAGAGGCUCUUAAGGUCUUUGACUACUACAUGACCCCUCGGGCGCAGCACCCCAGAUCGGAAAACAAGAUGCUUCUCCGGUCUCUUACACUGCUCGCCAACUUCGACCCAUGGUCCUUUGCAGACAUAUAUCUUACGCAGCCGGUACUGAUUGUGGCUGGGGAAAAGUCUGCACAGAAAUGGCAUGCGGAAGCCCUUUUCGAAGUUCUUUUGGGGCAUAACAAGGGGCUGAGAAAGAUUAUCAUGCCAAAUGGUGGACAUGUGGACUUUUACGACCAAGAUGAGUACGUCAAUCCUACGUUGGAAGAGAUUGACCGGUUCUUUGAGCCGCUGGUAUGA